AUGCGAUUAUUUUGUAGCGCUGAAAUGGCCGAGGGCUCGGAUAAGCUUGCUGGGCCGUACAAGAUGCCUUGCCCGUUGUGUCAUAACGGCUUCGAAGAUCCAAAAGUUCUACCGUGUUUACAUACAUGUUGUAAAAAGUGCCUGACGGAAGCCGUGGAGAAUGGUCGUUUGAGAUGCCCGACAUGUCGCCUGAAUGUUCCUCUCUCCGAAGCAGGAAUCGAUGGUUUACCAACGAACAUAUUCAGUCAUAAUAUUUUGGAUGUGUUGGUGCCAUGUCAAGAGAACAUCGAAACCAGCAGCUGGAUCCGAGCGGUGAUUCAACAUUGUAUUUACUGUGGCGAGGGGUCAAUGGUUACAGCUCGCUGUGUGGAUUGUAGUGAACUUUUGUGUGAUAGCUGUGUUCGUGCACAUCAGAGAGUUCGAUUGACGAAAGAUCACCGUAUCGUUACUUUCAUCGAAGAAGCGGCAUUGAUGAGCAAAACAACUAUGGCCACAGCAACUAUCGCAUCUUCACCAAUAACCUCUGUCUCACCAGUCGCGGCGAUUGCCGAUAAAAAUUCUUCUGAGGACUUGGUUCGUUGUAGUAAACACGAGAAUGAACUUUUACGGCUUUACUGUGAAACAUGCUACACUCCGGUUUGCAGUGAGUGCACUUUCAGUGAACAUCGAGGCCACAGUUUUCAGUAUCUUCGAGAGGCCGUCGAAUCUACUAAAGUGAUCGUGGGGAAGUUGAUCACCGAUGCUAAAACGGAGAUUGCUAAGCUAGAAGAAUCCGUGAAUACUUCGCAAACGAUUGCAAAGCAAGUGGAAUACAGAGCGCAAACCGUUUCAAACGAGAUUAGGCAAACUGUAAGAAGGCACAUGGCUGCCCUCGAAGAACGCGAGAGAGAGCUUCUACGUCGCGUGGAGAAAGUGCGCCAAAUUAAGGGCAAAUCACUGCAUUUACAAAUCGAUGAACUUAAGGCUAGUUUAGAAAAAGUAUCGAGCGUAUGCGAGUCUUCAGAGAGAUCGAUCAAACUUAGUACGGAUCGCGAACUUAUCGCCACUAAAAGUCGUUUGUCAGAAACAUUGAAUGAACUGAGAGUCAAACGUGGUUUUCUUCAGCCGCACGAAGAUGACGCCAUCUUAUUCACACCUCCAGAUCAGGCUCUUCAAACGGCUAUUAGUUCUUUGGGGAUCAUUACAAGCAGUGCUUUCGCCCCGUAUUCUACGGCAACCGGCGACGGUCUUCGCCGGGGUAUUCGUGGAAAGGUCGCAAUGUUUAUAGUGCAAGCCAAAGACCAUCAAGGCGAAAACCGCUGUAUCGGUGGGGACCCCUUGCGCGUUCUAAUUCAAGGUCCAGAUGGGAUUUUCUACCACGCUGAAGUGACCGAUCGGCAAAACGGAACUUACACAGUUUCUUAUCGCCCUCAAGUGACUGGAGAGCAUGUAAUUUCGGUGACGAUUCGUGGCCGCCACAUCUCUGAUUCUCCGUUCAAGGUUGCAGUCAUUAAAGGUCGCAAUUAUGCUGGCGUAGGGCCAGUGGUUCGAUUUUUCGGCUCAGAGGGUGAAUCGGACGGUGAACUAUGUCGCCCAUGGGGCGUUUGCUGUGACAGAGAUGGCAAUAUCAUUGUUGCCGAUCGUAGUAAUAACCGUAUUCAAGUUUUCGAUUGCUACGGGAAUUUUCGUCUCAAGUUCGGAUCUGCAGGCUCUAGAAAUGGACAGUUUGAUCGGCCGGCAGGGGUAACUUGUGACAAUGACGGGCGUAUUAUCGUCGCAGAUAAGGACAACCAUCGCAUACAAGUCUUCAACGUUGACGGAACUUUCAUUCUCAAAUUCGGCGAGAAAGGUUGUAAGAAUGGCCAGUUUAGCUACCCCUGGGACGUGGCAUGUAGUAGCGAGGGGCACAUCCUAGUUUCGGACACGCGCAAUCACCGUGUGCAGCUGUUUAACCGCGAGGGCAGGUUCCUUGGCAAGUUCGGUUUUGAGGGUAUCCACUGGAAAGAGUUCGACUCUCCUCGCGGCGUUGCCUUCAAUCACGAAGGCCAUAUGAUUGUCACCGACUUCAACAACCACCGUAUUCUUGUGAUCAAGGCCGAUUUUCAGCAUGCGUGGUUCUUGGGAAUAGAGGGUAGCAAGAACGCCGAGUUUCUACGCCCACAAGGGGUCGCUGUGGAUCAAGAAGGAAACAUCAUCGUUGCCGACUCCAAGAAUCAUCGCAUUCAGAUCUUCCAGCCCAGUGGAAACUUUCUCUGCAAGUUUGGAACUCACGGAAACUCGCCAGGCCAGUUAGAUCGCCCCUCAGGUAUCUGCGUUAGCAAUGACGGGUCUAUUGUAGUUGUAGAUUUUGGCAACAAUCGCAUUCAAGUCUUUUAA